ACGCGGUCGCCCGGGAAACGUUAGUCGGCAAAGACCGUCAAAAUAUCGAGAAGACUCAAGACAUCCAAAAAAUAACAAGUUUCAAUGGCGGAAAAAGACAGUAUCGCCAAGUUACAGUUCUCCUAGAGCUCUUUAUGCUUUAAGGAAUAAGAUUUUAUCCAAGGAACUGUGGAAUCCGUUCUAAUUUUGCGUGGAAACUUGAGCUAUGCAGAACGGGCGCGCGCGGAGCUCAAACCACAACAUGUCGAUGCCUAAAUCUCCGAGCGGGAGGAGGAUUAUUUCUCCUCGUUCACCUCAGUCUGCGGGACUAAGUUACCCAAAUAUCAAACAGAGAGGGUAUUACUCUGAUAUACUGGCCGAGGGUGCUGGAAAUGAUGUCACGAAUGUUGCCAUUGGCCCAUCUGCAUCGCAGAGUACUUUAUGGAAAGCCGCUAAGGUGAAACAUACACCUAAAGUGAACACGUUCAAGGGACCUGAUAAUGAAGAGGCUUUCAUAAAUGUAUUAAAGGAGCAACAGCAUGGACCAACAAGUGCUCCCGUCACAGUCUCUGACUUCCCCACCCAGGCGUGGGCUCCUAAAGUUCAGCUUCCUUACAAAGCAGAGAUGGGACAAGUUCCUAGAAAAAUUGAGAUUGAAAGACGGAAGAGGAUAUAUGCCAAGCAGGACAUUAACAAUCUUCUUGAAGAGUUUGGUGUCAACACGGGUGAUCUGAUGCCACGGGAAGACUACAACAUGUCUGUUAACCUAACAGGGAUGACCAAUGGUGACGUUGCCCCAUUCCCAUCAUUCCUCCCGCUGCACAUAUUUGAUGACACUGAGUAUGACACUCGCACCUCAGAAGAAUGGAUAAAUCUUGGAAUGACAGAUGGUGUGAGAAAACCUGUUCCUGGGAAAGCGCUCUUACCAACAGGAAAAGUAAAUGAUGGUAUCAAGGAAUAUGAGUGGCUGGAAGUUGGUGCCUUAAGCUAUGACAAGGGAAGUGAGCUCUUCCUGGUCCAGAUAGUCGGCACUGAUGGAUUGCAGCACAAUGUUGUUCCUGAGGAGAUAAAGGUCAGGGCACGGAUGACCAGCAACGAUGAGAAACCACCAACCAAGAAGAAAAAGAGGUUGAACACUGAGAGUCAGUUCAGCGUGCCAAGGAUUAGAGUGCUGUUUAAUGCAGAGGACCCAAUGGUGUUUGCUGAGAGAGUUGCCAAAGCCUUUGCUCUUCGCCGUGAGACAGAGGCCCUCCUUCGGUAUAAUCUCUACAUUGACUGCAUGCCUAUGGAUGGAGUCCCAAGAUUGGACAGCAGCUCUAUUGACAGGAUGGUGAACUGGGCCAGAGACACACGAACACUUCGCAAGGACGACAACCUUGAAGAGAAUGUUCGUCUGCUGUGUAAGGAGGUUCAGAUUGACUUUGCACGCAGCAUGAACAGGAUAACAUUUGACCGGGUGGUGUCAUCCAGCCCAGACCAGUACCCUUAUGUCACAAUACAGGAGGUUGAGCCAGAGGUGGUCCCAGAAAGAGGAUUCUUUCCAGAUGUCCCAGCUUACCCUUUUGAUGAAAAGUUUGAUAACUUUGCAUUCAACUCGCUUCUGACGCGCAAGGAAGCCAUUCUUGCCAUGGGUAAAGUUAUAACUGAGUGCAACAAGGUGUCACAGAUGUCAGUCUUCCAAGUACCAGUCACCAAGAGCAUGAAGCUGGAAGAGUUUGAGCAGACGCAGUCACAAGUUAGCUCCCAGGUGCAGAUCUUCCUGCGUGACAGCUGGUUGAACACCCUACGUACUGCCAUCCGCAGCAGCCUCAUGGAUGUGGGUAAAGGGUGGUUCAACAUGGAUGAGCGUAAUUGGGAGGUUUACAAGAUAUCCAAGCUAUCUAAGUUCAUGGAGCUUGUGAAGUUCGCCAUGCAGGACUCUUUGCGCUACCUGGUCCAGGACUCUUUAGCUGCCUUCACCAAUAUGAUCCUGGAUGCCUGCUGCAGUGUCAUUGACAUCCCAGAAGAGCUGGACUGGGGCACAGACAUUCUCAACAGUCCUUACAAACCCAAGAAGAAUGCGCUGUUUAUGCUGGACCUCACUAUUGACAAAGGCAUGGUGGCCUACAACACAGAACUUGAUGCAUUCGGCCGGACAGUCAUCACACUCUUUGACAAGGGCAUUAUAGCAACUAAGAAUGUCCCUCAACUGGAAAAGAUGGUAUUAGAGGGUCUGUUCUGGAGUGGUACCCCACUGCUUGAGUCAGUUGGCGAGAAUGAACCUGAGGUGGUGCGGUUGAGGGAGAAAGUGCGUCAUGCCAUCAUGAUGUCACUCAUACCACUAAAGGCGUACGCCAAGCAGUACGAGAAAUACCUGGAAUUACAGAACCUUGACAUCAAUCAGUACUUAGAGGAGUACGAUUCCCAGGAACACACAGCAGCGGAGGUAAAGCAGGAGAUCGAGCGACACCUGAAAGACAAGGAAGUGUUGGAAAACACCCUGCCUUCCAGUAUCGUGAUCGGCCCCUACUGGGUUCUUACAGAGUCGAUCAGGAAAAACCUGGCCAAGAAGCGGAAAGCACUUGCUGAUGCAGUCAUUGCCUUACUUGCCAAGAAGCUCAGAAAACAGGCAGAUGAGGUGUGCGAGGAGUUCAAGUUGAUUGCCCGCCGGCUGUACGACAAGCCCAACAGUAUUGAGGAGCUGGCGGAGCAGCGUGAAUACAUGAAGGGCAUCCCAGAGCUGCUCAAGAAGAACCAGGAGCUCAUUGAUAAGGCCAUGGUCGACUACGAACUUAUAGAGGAGUUCAACUACAACAUAUCUGCAGAAGACUUCUCUGCAAAAUGGACAUGUAUCAGCUGGCCUUACAAGAUUCAGCAGCAAAUGGACGCUACUGAGCAAGCCUUGGAUGCGGACGAAGAGCGAUUCCAGAAGAACCUGCUAUCAGACCAAAACACAUUCCAGGACCGACUGGAUUCGCUUAACAUGGCCGUGGCUGGCUUUGCCGCUCACACAGACAUUAGUAAGGCUCAUGAGGUGGCAAACGAAGUCCGUCGACUUGUGAAACAGCUGAAGGAAUGCCAGACCCUGGCACAUACCUACAACAACAGAGAGAGGCUAUUCAACAUGCCUGUCACUUCGUACGAGAAGCUAGGCCGUCUCAUUAAGGAGUUUGAGCCAUUUAAGAACAUGUGGCUAACAGCGUCCGACUGGCAAAAAUGGCAUGACAGCUGGAUGAAUGACCCAUUGACAACCAUUGAUGCAGAACAGCUUGAGCAGAACGUGAACAACUCAUUCAAGACCAUCUUCAAAUGUUACAAACACUUUAAGGAAAUACCAGCUUGCCAGCAGGUCGCGUAUGAAGUACGUGAGAAGAUAGAGGCGUUCAAGCCCUACAUCCCUCUUAUCCAGGGUCUGCGUAAUCCUGGCAUGAGGAGCCGUCAUUGGGAACAGCUGUCCAAGGAGCUUUGUUUCCCUGUGGUCGCUAAUGCCCAGCUGACGUUCACUAAGUGUCUUGAGAUGGGCUUACAGGACCACACAGACAUUAUAGCCAAGAUUGGGGAGAUCGCAGGGAAAGAAUACUCAAUCGAGCAGGCUUUGGACAAGAUGGAGAGCGAGUGGAAGCCCUUGUUACUUGAUAUCUUGGCUUACAAGGAGACAGGCACGUUCAUCAUGAAGGUCAGCGACGACUGCUCGCAGUUGCUUGAUGACCACAUCGUGAUGACACAGAGCAUGAGCUUCUCGCCCUACAAGAAGCCCUUUGAAGACCGCAUCACUUCAUGGGAAGGCAAACUCGUUAUGACACAGGAUGUAAUGGACGAAUGGCUUCAGUGCCAGAGGAAUUGGUUGUAUCUGGAGCCCAUCUUCAGCUCGGAGGAUAUCAACCGUCAGCUCCCAGUAGAGAGCAAAAGAUACCAGACCAUGGAAAGAAUCUGGAGAAAGGUCAUGAAUGCUGCCAAGUCAAACCCUCAGGUGAUAUCGCUGUGCCCAGAUGCAAGGCUUCUUGAGAGUCUACGGGAGUGUAACAAGCUGCUUGAGCAGGUGCAGAAGGGCCUUAGCGAGUACCUCGAGACCAAGCGCACAGCCUUCCCACGGUUCUACUUCCUCUCGGAUGACGAGCUGCUGGAGAUUCUGUCCCAGACCAAGGACCCGACUGCCGUACAGCCCCAUCUAAGGAAGUGCUUUGAGAAUAUUGCCAAGUUGAAGUUCGAGGAAGACCUUCGUAUCUCUUCCAUGUUUUCCGGAGAAGGGGAGAACGUUGAUUUCUCCACAGAUCUUUACCCGACAGGCAACGUGGAGGAUUGGUUACUGGAGGUGGAAAACACCAUGAGAAACAGCUUACGGGACACGCUACGCAAAGCGCUGGAGCUUUACCCAACGGUACCACGUACUGAGUGGGUUCUACAGUGGCCAGGACAAGUAGUCAUUGCUGGAUGUCAAACGUUCUGGACCAGAGAGGUGACAGAAGCUUUGCAAGAAAACAGUCUGGGCGAGCUCAACACUGCUUUGCGCAACCAGCUGAACGACCUGGUGACACUCGUGAGAGGUGAUCUCUCAAAACUUGCGCGACUCAUCCUGGGCGCGCUUAUCGUCAUUGAGGUACACGCCUGUGAUGUGGCGGGCAAGAUGGUGGAAGAGGGAGUUCAGUCUGCUAAUGACUUUGAGUGGAUCAGCCAGCUCAGAUACUACUGGGAGGAAGACAAUAUGGUCAUCCGCGCCGUCAACGCCCAAUUCGACUACGGCUAUGAGUACUUGGGUAACACCGGUCGUCUUGUCAUUACCCCUCUAACUGAUCGCUGCUAUCUGACUCUCACUGGAGCUCUUCAUCUCAAGUUCGGAGGUGCUCCAGCAGGUCCUGCUGGCACCGGCAAGACUGAGACUACCAAGGAUUUGGGUAAAGCGAUGGCUGUACAGUGCGUAGUGUUUAAUUGCUCUGAUCAACUCGACUUCAUGGCGAUGGGCAAGUUUUUCAAAGGAUUAGCCAGCGCCGGUGCAUGGGCGUGCUUUGAUGAGUUCAACCGUAUCGACGUGGAGGUGUUAUCUGUCGUCGCACAGCAAAUCUCCACCAUACAGCAAGCUCUGGAAGCCAGGGUCGAGCGGUUCAUGUUUGAGGGAGUAGAGCUUAAUCUAAAGCCCAGCUGUGCUGUCUUUAUCACUAUGAACCCUGGAUAUGCCGGACGUACAGAGCUUCCUGACAACCUGAAGGCGCUGUUUCGUCCUGUCGCCAUGAUGGUACCGAACUACGCUCUUAUUGCUGAGAUCAGUCUUUUCUCGUUCGGUUUCUCUGAGGCUAAAGGUCUAGCUAAGAAGAUCACAACUACCUUCAAGCUGUCGUCGGAACAGCUCAGCUCACAGGACCAUUAUGAUUUCGGCAUGCGAGCAGUCAAGACUGUCAUCUCUGCAGCAGGAAACUUGAAGAGAGAGGCGCCUGACAUGAGCGAGGAGCUAAUCGUGUUACGUGCGAUCCGUGACGUGAACGUGCCCAAGUUCUUGCAGGAUGACUUAAAGUUGUUCCGUGGUAUCGUCUCUGAUCUCUUCCCACAUGUCAAGGAACAACCUAUCGACUAUGGUGUAUUGGAGGACUCCAUUCGCAAGACCUGCCUGAAGACCGGCCUUCAAGAUGUUGAUGGUUUUGUCACCAAGUGUAUCCAGCUUUACGAGACAACAGUGGUCCGUCAUGGCUUGAUGUUGGUGGGCCCUACUGGAUCCGGUAAAACCCAAUGUUAUGAGGUACUCAAGAAGGCCAUGACGGCCCUGAAAGGUCAGAAGUCACCUGCAGGCAACGAGUUCGAGGAAGUCCACACGUUUGUACUUAACCCCAAGUCUAUCACUAUGGGGCAGCUCUACGGAGAGUUUGAUCUACUCACUCAUGAAUGGACGGAUGGUAUCCUCUCCUCUAUGAUCCGUGGUGGGUCAUCAAGCUCCACGCCUGAUCUCAAGUGGUACGUGUUUGACGGUCCCGUGGACGCUGUCUGGAUUGAGAACAUGAACACAGUGCUGGAUGACAACAAGAAGCUGUGCCUUACCAGUGGAGAGAUCAUCAAGCUCUCAGAGGUGAUGACCAUGAUGUUUGAGGUGCAGGAUCUGGCCGUAGCCUCACCCGCUACUGUCAGCCGCUGCGGUAUGGUGUACCUUGAGCCCAGUAUACUUGGGUUGUCACCAUACGUGGUGUGCUACCUCAAACGCCUACCAGAUGCCAUCUUCGACUACAAGGACAAGUUGCAAGCCCUGUUUGACGGCUUCUUGGAGAGCUCAUUGAAGUUCAUAAGGGAUAAUGUGAAAGAGUAUGCACCGACUGUGGACAGCAACUUGACAUGCAGUUUAAUGAGACUUUUGGACUGCUUCUUCCAACCAUUUGUACCCAGGGAGGGUCAGACGAUAUUACCAGAGAAGCUUGCUUUGAUCGAGCAGCUCAUUGAACCGUGGUUCAUCUUCUCACUCAUCUGGUCCGUGGGCGGGACUACAGACAGCGACGGCAGAAAGAAAUUCAGCGAGUUUUUGCGCAAGAAAAUGAAAGAGGAAAAGAUUGCGAUGCCAUUCCCCGCCCAGGGCCUCGUCUUUGACUACCGGCUUAUGGACGGUGGAGCAAGCAGCAGUGAUGAUGACGAUGAGGAGGAGAGCAAGAAAUCUGACACGAUCAAAUGGUGUAACUGGAUGGAGGGUAUUUCCCAAGUCAAUAUUAACCAGGACAUGCGCUACUCGGAUAUCAUCGUACCAACCCUGGACCUGGUCAGAGGCUCCUUCAUCUUGGAAAAGCUGGUCACCAACCACAAGAAGGUUCUGUGCGUGGGUCCUACUGGAUCAGGAAAGACUCUUGCCAUCUCUGAUAAGCUACUUAACAAGAUGCCGCACGCAUUCCUCUCGCAUUUCAUCAAUUUCUCGGCAAGGACAUCUGCUAAUCAGACACAGGAUAUUAUCGACGGCAAGCUGGACAAAAGACGUAAGGGCGUUUUCGGCCCACCUCUCGGGAAAUAUUAUGUCCUGUUUGUGGAUGACCUCAACAUGCCUGCUUUAGAAGUGUACGGAGCCCAGCCUCCUAUAGAGAUCCUCAGGCAGUACUGUGAUCACAAGGGCUGGUACGACAGAAAGGCCAUAGGUGUCUUCCGUGAGCUUGUGGACAUCACCUUUGUGUGCGCUAUGGGCCCCCCUGGGGGUGGGCGUAAUCCGGUCACACCACGCUUCCUACGCCACUUUAAUCACUUGUCCUUCACGGAACUCGAGGAUUCCAGUAAACAAAAUAUCUUCAGCUCUAUUCUCAAGUCGUGGCUAGAUAGGAAUGUCAGGUUGUCACGAUCCACAGUAAACUACACCGGUGAGGGGAAGGACCUACUGAAUAACGCACUUGUUAUGGGAACACUGUCGGUUUAUAACACUGUCAUAACACAGCUGUUGCCAACGCCGGCAAAGAGCCACUACACGUUCAAUCUGCGUGACCUGUCCAAAGUGUUCCAGGGCAUCCUUAUGGCACUUCCGGAGAAGCUGGAGCAGAAGGUGGACCUGUUGCGACUGUGGUAUCACGAGAACUGCCGGGUGUUCCAGGACAGGCUGGUCAAUGAUGAAGACAGGCUCUGGUUCAAUGAUCUAAUGAAGGAAAAGCUCCAGAGUGGCUUUCAGCUGAGUAUGGACGAGGUCGUGGGGGAAUCACCUAUGAUCUACGGGGACUUCAUGAUCCCUAGCGCGGAGAACAGAAUCUAUGCCGAGAUCACUGACUACAACAAAAUGGUUAAGAUCCUGGAGGAAUAUCUGGAGGACUACAACCAAAUCAACACGGCACAGAUGAAGCUGGUUUUGUUCAGUGAUGCAGUUAGGCAUCUGGCGCGCAUUGGCCGCGUCAUUCGUCAACCCCUCGGCAACGCGCUGCUGCUCGGUAUGGGAGGCAGCGGACGCCAGAGUCUUACAAGACUAGCGGCACACAUGGCAGAGUAUGAGUGCUUCCAAAUCGAGUUAGCCAAGAACUAUGGUGUCGCCGAAUGGCGCGAGGAUCUGAAGAAGAUCCUGCUGAAAGCUGGAGUCGAAAACAAGUCCAUGGUGUUCCUCUUUAGCGAUACACAGAUCAAAAGUGAGACUUUCUUGGAAGAUCUGAACAAUGUUCUGAAUGCGGGAGAUGUGCCGAACAUCUUCGCCAUGGAUGAGCUGGACAAUAUUUACACUUCUAUGAAACCAGUCGUGCAAGACGAGGGCAUGCAGCCAACUAAAGCCAACCUGUACUCAGCCUUUACCAAGCGAGUCAAGUCUAACACGCACUCGGUCAUUUGCAUGAGUCCUAUUGGUGAGAUAUUCCGUGCCCGCUUGCGUCAGUUCCCUUCUCUCGUGAACUGCUGCACCAUUGACUGGUUCUCGGCGUGGCCAGCUGAGGCGCUUCGAUCCGUUGCCUCUUAUUUCCUCAACGAGAUCCCAGAGCUUGAGGACUCGGGCUCCACAAAUGGAUUGGUGUCGAUUUGUGGUGUAAUCCACCAGUCAGUAGCUGACAAGUCAAUCCAGUACCUGGCCGAGCUGUCCAGACAUAACUACGUUACACCCACCAGCUACCUGGAGUUGCUUGGAACCUUCCGUAAGCUGAUCGGAGUGAAGAAGUCUGAGCUGCAAAACGCACGCAACAGGACCAAGACUGGAUUAGAUAAGUUGCUGCAUACGGCAGAAGAGGUGGUGAAGUUACAAGAAGAGUUGGAGUCAAUGCAACCUCUACUGGCCCAGGCUGCCAAGGAGACAGUCGAGACGAUGGACCAGAUCAAAGUGGACUCUGUUGUAGCCAAUGAGACCAAGACAGUAGUGCAGCGGGAAGAAGCAGAGGCGGCCAAGAAGGCAGCUGAGACGCAAGCUAUUGCAGAUGAUGCUCAGAGAGACUUGGACGAAGCUCUGCCGGCAUUAGAGGCUGCUCUUGCCAGCUUGAAAUCACUUAACAAGACCGAUGUAGUAGAGGUCCGUGCAUUGCAAAGGCCCCCCCUCGGUGUCAAGAUCGUCAUAGAAGCAGUCUGUAUCAUGAAGGGCGUCAAACCCAAGAAGGUUGCUGGGGAAAAGGUCGGUACUAAGGUGGAUGAUUAUUGGGAGCCAGGAAAAGCACUCCUGCAGGAUCCUGGCAAGUUUAUUGAGAGUUUGUUCAAAUAUGACAAGGACAACAUCCCUGAUGCAGUCAUUACGAAGAUCCAACCUUACAUCGAUAUGGAGGACUUUACACCAGCUGCUAUAGCCAAGGUGUCCAAGGCUUGUACGUCCAUCUGUCUAUGGGUCCGUGCUAUGCACAAGUAUCACUUCGUCGCCAAAGGCGUUGCACCAAAAAGAGCCGCAUUGCAACAAGCUACUGAGGAAUUGGCGGAGACUCAGCGUGUACUUGACGCAGCUAAAGCGCGGUUGACCGAAGUUGAGGAAGGAAUAGCAUCCCUUCAGGCGAAAUAUGAGGAAUGCAUCAGUAAGAAACAGGAGCUGGAAUUUAAGACGGAACAGUGUACAGCCAGACUUGGGAGAGCCGAGAAGCUUAUUGGUGGUCUCAGCGAUGAGAAGGUCCGUUGGCGGGAAGCAGUUGAGGUGUUUGAUGGACAGAUUGUCAAUAUUAUUGGUGACGUCAUGAUUUCGUCGGGUUGUAUCGCGUAUCUCGGCACCUUCACGGGCGAAUAUCGUAACAGUAUGGUCGAGGACUGGCUGAAGGAGCUACAGGACCUUGACGUACCACACUCUGACCUGUGCUCACUCGUCUCCACUCUCGGGAACCCUGUGGAUAUAAGAAACUGGCAGAUCGCGGGGUUACCACGUGAUAAUCUUUCUGUGGAGAACGGUGUCAUAGUGCAAAACUCACAGCGAUGGCCUCUUUUCAUCGAUCCUCAAGGGCAGGCCAACAAGUGGAUCAAAAACUUUGAAAAAGAAGCUGGUCUAGAUGUAGUAAAGCUGACAGACCGUGAUUUCCUGAGGAGUCUUGAGAAUGCUAUCAGGUUUGGCAAGCCUUGCCUGCUGGAAAACGUGGCCGAGGAACUUGACCCCGCUCUGGAACCGAUUCUUUUGAAGCAGACGUUCAAGCAGUCAGGAAGCACUGUCAUCAAGCUUGGAGACGCAAUUAUCCCGUACCAUGACGACUUUAAAUUCUACAUCACAACCAAGCUUCCCAACCCGCACUAUACCCCAGAAGUGUCGACCAAAGUCACAAUUGUCAACUUCACGCUCUCACAAAGCGGCCUAGAAGACCAGAUGCUUGCCCUUGUGGUGGCCGAAGAGCGCCCCGACCUCGAGGAAGCCAAGAACCAGUUGAUUAUUAGCAAUGCCAAGAUGAAGCAAGAGUUGAAGGAGAUCGAAGACAAGAUCUUGCACAAGCUCAGCGCCUCCGAGGGUAACCCUGUGGAUGAUAUAGACCUUAUCGCUACUCUGGAAGCUUCUAAGGCCAAGUCUGGAGAAAUUAAGGCGAAAGUCGUGAUUGCAGAACAAACGGAGAAGGACAUCGACGUAACCCGGUCCCAGUACAUCCCCGUCGCUGUUAGGACAGGGAUCCUGUUUUUCUGCACAAAUGACCUGGCUAACAUAGACCCUAUGUACCAGUACUCCCUUGAGUGGUUUGUCUCCAUCUUCCUCAACAGCAUCGCUAAUGCUGAUAUAUCAGACUCUGUUGACACGCGUAUCCAGAACAUCAAUGAGUACUUCACAUUCAGCUUGUACUCCAAUGUGUGCCGGUCCAUGUUCGAGAAGGACAAAUUGCUGUUCUCUUUCCUUGUCUGUGUUCGCAUUCUGAUGAAUGAAAACAAGAUUAACAUGGACGAGUGGCGCUUCUUAUUGGCUGGCGGUACUGCCGUACCUAAGGACCACCCCAACCCUGCCCCUGACUGGUUGUCUGAGAGGGCCUGGGGAGAGAUCCUUAAAAUACCAGUGUUGCCCAAGUUCGCAGCAUUUGCUGAAGACUUCUCUAACCACAUUGAAGAGUACAAACGCAUGUUUGAUAGCGCAGAUCCGCAUAGGGAAGUGUUGCCUGAACCAUGGAAUAGCGACUUGGACAUGUUCCAGAAGAUGUUAGUACUCAAAUGUCUUCGCGUAGAUAAGGUCACUAACGCCAUGCAGGACUUUGUGGCGGAGAACCUGGGACAACGCUUUAUUGAACCUCAGACGGCCGAUCUCUCUGCUGUGUUUAAAGACUCCUCGCCCUCUACACCGCUGAUCUUUGUGCUGUCCGUCGGCACGGAUCCUGCAGCUGAUUUAUACAAGUUCGCCGAGGAGAUGAGAUUUUCCAAGAAACUCAACGCUAUCUCCCUCGGACAGGGCCAGGGUCCUCGCGCAGAAGCCUUGAUGAGGUCCGCCAUGGAGCGCGGCAAAUGGGUCUUCUUCCAGAACUGUCACCUUGCUCCAAGCUGGAUGCCCACGCUUGAACGGCUUAUUGAAAACAUCGACGCUGAUAAGGUCCAUCGUGACUUCCGUCUAUGGCUGACCAGCAUGCCUAGCCCGAGGUUCCCUGUGUCCAUCUUACAGAAUGGAUCAAAGAUGACGGUGGAGCCGCCAAGAGGAAUCAAGGCAAACCUUCUGAGGUCAUACGUAGGCUUCAGCGAUGACUUCUACAAGACCUGCAGUAAGGAGGUCUUCAAGCCACUACUGUUCUCGCUCUGCCUCUUCCACGGUGUUACACUUGAAAGGAGGAAGUUUGGUCCACUUGGGUUUAAUAUUCCGUACGAGUUUACCACCGGCGAUCUGCGUAUUUGCAUCAGCCAACUGAGCAUGUUCCUAGACGAGUAUGAAGGCAUUCCAUUCAAGGUACUUAAGUACACGGCAGGUCACAUCAACUAUGGCGGUCGUGUCACGGAUGACUGGGACAGGCGGUGCAUCAUGACCAUCCUGGACAGCUUCUACUCUCCCAAUGUAGUAGAAAGCCAGCACAAAUUUUCCAUUUCUGGUAUUUACCACAGCCUACCCGACUCGACUGACCACGAGGGCUAUGUCCACUACAUCAGAAGUCUGCCCAUCAACGAUACACCCGAAAUCUUCAGCCUUCAUGACAAUGCCAACAUCACGUUCGCACAGAACGAGACUUUUAACCUGCUUCAUGGCAUUCUUAAGAUGCAGCCUAAGGCGUCCACAGGCAAAGGGCGCUCGCGAGAAGAGGUGAUGGAAGAGACUGCUAAAGGGAUCUUAGAACGUGUUCCCCAGCCAAUCCCUCUAGGCCCCCUGAUGGAGAAGUACCCCGUUAGGUACGAAGAGUCCAUGAACACGGUGCUCGUGCAGGAGGUUAUCCGCUACAACAAGCUGCUGGUGACCGUCAGACAGACGCUGAACGACUUGCUCAAGGCACUCAAGGGUCUCGUGGUCAUGUCUCAGGCUCUAGAAACCAUGUCGAACAGUCUGUUUGACAACAGUGUGCCAGAUCUUUGGGCGGGCAAGGCAUAUCCUUCACUUAAACCUCUAGCGUCGUGGGUGCUUGACUUGGUGGCGCGGAUUCAGUUUGUCCAGAAAUGGAUUGACAAUGGCAUACCCCCGGUAUUCUGGAUAUCCGGGUUCUUCUUCCCACAAGGCUUCCUCACCGGCACCCUUCAGAACUUUGCUCGUGCUUACUCCAUAUCAAUCGACAUCAUCGCCUUUGAUUUCGAGGUUCUUAAGCAACAAGAAGAUGAGCUAAAGACUCGGCCUAAGGACGGAUGCUACAUCCGGGGAUUAUUUCUAGAGGGAGCUCGCUGGGACACAGAGAGUCAUGAGCUUGCCGAAUCCCGACCAAAAGAGCUCUUCACUGAUAUGCCGAUCAUCUGGCUCAAACCUGCCGCCAACCGCGAGAAACCUUCUUCUGGCAUUUACGACUGCCCCGUCUAUAAGACACUCACUAGAGCGGGAACUCUUUCAACUACUGGCCAUUCGACGAACUUCGUGCUGUCUGUAGAAAUCCCGAGUGGUAAGCCCCAAGACCAUUGGAUCAAACAGGGCGUGGCACUCAUGUGCGCCCUGAACUACUGAUCGCAUUUCCUGGUUUAAUGCCGAGUAGUCUAAUAUAAUCUGCGUCGCUUCCAUGCAUUCCACACCUUAGUAGUUGUAAGCAGUAACGCUAGCUCCAUUGCCAUGUAUGGUUUUACUGACUAACUUAUUAAAGAAUUCUACAUGUUUUAGAAUUGUACAAAGCAAUAAAAAUAAAUUUUAUGUUUGGUA